AUGUUUCGGGCAUGCGGAAAACAUUUACCACGGUCGCGACGUCACGUCCUCCCAAUCCAGGCGACCAGUCCGUUGUCUGCACAGCGAGCUGCAUUCUCAGUCUCAGCUCGCAAUGGGUUAAUGGAAAUGACUGGUUUCACAGAGGAACAACUCACAGUUCGAGAUGCGAUCUCACACAUAUGUUCCAAAUUUCCCAACACCUACUGGCAACAAAGAGACCAGGAAGAGAAAGAUCCUAGCGAGUUUCACGCGGCGCUGGCAAAGGAUGGCUGGCUUGGAAUCGCGUUGCCGGAGUCACUUGGAGGAGCUGGCUUAGGUAUCUCCGAGGCCACAAUGAUGAUGCAAACCAUUACUCAGUCAGGUGCAGGCAUGGCGGGAGCGCAGGCAAUCCACGCCAAUGUCUAUGCCACACAGCCAUUGGCCAGAUUUGGAACUCCAGAACAGCUAGAGACCACAAUCCCUAACAUCAUCAAUGGAACGUGGCGUACUUGCUUCGGGGUGACUGAGCCGAAUACCGGUCUCGAAACCCUCAAGCUCAAGACCCUAGCAACAAAGACUGCAGAUGGAUAUUCCGUCUCCGGCCAAAAGAUCUGGAUCACCUGUGCUCAGGUUGCUUCGAAGAUGAUCCUGCUGGCACGAACUACGCCGUUAGAAGAAGUCAAAAAAUCAACCGAGGGUCUAUCCAUGUUUUGCAUCGACCUGGACCGUAACCACCGUGGACUGGAUCUUCGCAAGAUCAAGAAGAUGGGCGGUCGCGCAGUGGACGCAAAUGAAGUCUUUUUCGACAAUUACCCCAUUUCAAAGGAAAGCUUGAUCGGCCAAGAGAAUGAUGGAUUCAAAAUUAUUUUACAUGGCAUGAACGCUGAACGUUGUCUACUGGCAGGCGAAGCUCUUGGGCUGGGAUACGCAGCUCUCGAGAAGGCCGCACAAUAUGCGAAAGAGCGGGUGGUCUUUGGCCGUCCGAUUGGACAAAACCAAGGCGUAUCGCAUCCAUUAGCAGAUGCAUACAUGAAACUGGAAGCGGCAAAGCUUGCGACCUAUCACGCUGCUCGACUCUACGACACGAAUGACGGCUCAAUUCCUUUCCAUGCUAUCGGCGUCGCCUGUAAUAGUGCUAAAUAUUUGGCAGCCGAGGCCGCUUUCACAGCCUGUGAGCGAGCUGUCCUUGCGCAUGGUGGUAUGGGAUACGCGAUGGAAUAUGAUGUUGAGCGAUACAUGCGUGAAUGUUUCGUCCCGAGGAUUGCGCCCGUGAGCAGAGAAAUGAUCCUGAACUACGUCAGCGAAAAGGUAUUAGAACUACCGCGAAGCUACUGA